ACUUGUGUGAAUAAGGCUAUACACACAAGCUGAAAGAGUGAGGCAGCAGAGAGAAUGGGAAGAAAGGGAGCUUGUUGAGAAGCAGUAGAACAGAGAGCUUUUCCAUGGCGUGGUGGAACCCUCUGGCCCUGAUCUGGGAUAACCUGAGAGGUCAAAGGAUAAGGGAGAAUGACCUCCGCCACUUGGUGUCCAAUCUGCCUUAUGAAGGCCUGGCGAAGAAGAAGCAACCCAACCGCUAUUUUCCCGGAAACGCUAUCAAGACCACCAAAUACACCCUCCUCCUCUUUUUACCCAUGAACCUCUUUGAGCAGUUUCACCGUCUGGCAAACCUCUACUUCGUUGGCCUGGCUAUCCUCAAUUUUGUGCCCGUGGUGAACGCCUUUGAGCCUGAGGUGGCUCUUAUCCCCAUCUGUGUCAUCCUGUCUCUCACUGCCCUCAAAGACGCCUGGGAGGACUUCAGGAGGUACCAGUCGGACAGGAAGCUCAAUAACAUGGUGUGCUUCAUCUACAGCAGGAAACACAAGCAGUUUGUGGAGCGGCGUUGGAAGGAUGUGCGAGUGGGUGAUUUUGUGAAGGCGCUUUGCAAUGAAAUCAUCUCUGCAGACCUCCUGCUCCUGCACACAUCAGACCGCAAUGGCGUGUGCCACAUAGAGUCCUCCAAUCUGGAUGGAGAGACCAACCUCAAAGAGAGGAAGGUGGUUCCCGGCCUCUGCGUCACGGAGCCCGACUUCCAACCUGAAAGUUUCAACAGCGUUGUGGUGUGUGAAAGGCCCAACAACAAUCUGAAUCACUUCAAGUGUUAUGUGGAGAAACCCACAAAAGAAAAGGUGGGCGCGGGAAUUGAGAAUUUGCUGCUUCGAGGUUGCACUGUCAGAAAUACUGACCAUGCUGUCGGCUUUGUGGUGUAUGCAGGCCAUGAAACCAAGGCAAUGCUGAACAACAACGGGCCAAGAUACAAGCGCAGCAAACUGGAGCGGAAACUGAACGUGGACGUCAUAUUUUGCGUCAUUCUGCUCCUCGCCAUGUGUCUCGUCGGAGCACUAGGUCACUUCUUUUGGCGGCAGGCACUACCUGGCGUGCCCCCUUACCUGGUGCCUGACAACAACGGCCAUGUGGACAGUCCCAGUCUGUCCAGCUUCUACAUGUUCUUCAGCAUGAUCAUCCUGCUGCAGGUCCUGAUCCCUAUUUCCCUCUAUGUUUCCAUUGAGCUGGUGAAGAUUGGCCAGAUCCUUUUCAUUACUCAAGACAUAGACCUUUAUGAUGAAGAGACAGACAGCCGAAUACAGUGUAAAGCUCUGAACAUUACAGAGGACCUGGGACAGAUUGAGUACAUCUUCUCCGACAAGACAGGCACGCUCACCGAAAACAAGAUGGUGUUUCGACGUUGCUCCAUCAUGGGCACAGAAUACCCGCACAAAGAGAACGCCAUCCGCUUGGCUGUUAUUGAUGAGCCAGAAUCCGAAGAGGAGGUCAUCUUUAACCAGCAGCCACAACCCCCACAGCGUGUAUGGUCUCUGGAUGCUGAAGACCGUAGCCAUGAAGGCAGACAACGGCGUCAUGAAAGCAGACACAAAAACAAGUUUGCAGAAAACGCCCAGAGCAACGUGGCCUUCAGCAGUCCCCUGGAAACACAGGUGAUUCCAGACAGGAAGCUGCUCCAGCAGGUCAGCAACGUAGAGAGUCGAAGCAGCAGCCAGAAGAUGGAUCCAUGCCUAGACUUUUUUCUGGCUCUCGCCAUUUGCAACACGGUGGUGGUUUCCAUGGCAACGGCUCGGAGACAGAGUACGCAAGAGUAUCCGUGCUCCUUCCAGUCAACUAAUCCAUUGGAUAAUUUCUCAAAGUUCUUCAAAAAGGCAAGCUCUCUUCGCAACAUAUUUGCAUCCAAAAGGGACAGAACCUUCUCAGAGACCUCUUUUAAAGAGGACGAUCGCUUUAACACCUUUCAAAAAGUGGAUGACUCAGGAGUUUUCACAUCACAUGGUAGGAGUGAUGAGUCCAGCAGUAUGUGCUAUGAGGCAGAGAGUCCAGACGAGGCAGCUUUGGUGUAUGCCGCCAAAGCGUAUGGCUUCAUUCUGCUGAGCCGCACCCCCAACAGCGUGACAGUGAGGCUGCCGUUGGGUCAGAUCCUGGCCUUUGAGGUGCUCGACACCCUGUCCUUUGACUCCAACAGAAAGAGAAUGUCUGUGCUGGUGCGACAUCCCAUCACCAAAGAGUAUGUUCUGUACACCAAAGGUGCAGACUACUCUAUCAUGGAGCUGCUCGGUGCACCAUAUGCGGAACAUCUUAGUGGAAACCAGAAGAAUAUUGUAGCAGAUACUCAGUAUCACCUUGACUGCUAUGCUAAAGAAGGGCUGCGUACGCUUUGCUUUGCAAAGAAGUUUGUGAGCGCCAAAGACUAUGAUGUCUGGUCCGUGAACAGACAGAGCGCUAUGGCUGCCAUCAACGGCAGAGAGGAACUCAUUAUGGACACUGCUGUGCAGCUGGAGACAAACCUCACCCUACUGGGGGCGACAGGCAUUGAGGACCGUCUGCAAGAGAGCGUUCCAGACACCAUCCUGGCACUGCGGGAAGCAGGGAUCAAGAUGUGGGUGCUGACUGGUGACAAGCCAGAGACGGCUGUCAACAUCGGCUAUGCCUGCAGGCUGCUGGAAGACGAAGACCUGGUGAUUAACAUGAGCUGCAAAAACAAGCUUGUAUGCACUUCCAUCUUGGACUGCACUCUGGAGGAGGUGAGGAGCUAUGAAAACGACCCUCGUAACGUGGAUACUACCCCAGACAUCUCGCUAGUGAUCGAUGGACGCACCCUGGCCAUGCUUCUGUCGAAAGAUCUGCAGGGCCGCUUUGUAGAGUUGGCAAAGCGUUGCCGCUCUGUGCUCUGCUGUCGAGUCACACCCUUGCAGAAGCGCGGCGUGGUGAAGCUCAUCAGGGAGAAGCUCAGGGUCAUGACUCUAGCUGUCGGUGAUGGUGCCAAUGAUGUUAACAUGAUCCAAGCAGCCGAUAUUGGGAUCGGGAUUUCCGGUCAGGAGGGUAUGCAGGCAGUCAUGGCGAGUGAUUUUGCUAUUUCUCGCUUCAAACACCUUAAAAAGCUGCUGCUGGUUCACGGACACUGGUGCUACACUCGUUUGGCCAAUAUGAUCAUUUACUUCUUCUUUAAGAAUUUGGCCAAUGUCAAUCUGCUCUUCUGGUAUCAGUUCUAUUGUGGAUUCACAGCGACCGCCAUGUUGGACUACUGGCUGCUGAUUUUCUUCAACCUCUUCUUUACAUCUGUACCUCCCAUCAUGUUUGGGAUCAUGGACAAAGAUGUUUCGGCAGAGGUGCUGCUCGGUGUUCCUGAACUUUAUCGGACCGGACAAGGUGCAGGGAAAUAUCGUUUUUCCACCUUCUGGGUUUCCAUGCUUGAUGCCUUCUAUCAGAGUCUCAUUUGCUUCUUCAUUCCAUACUUGGCGUACCAGGAUUCGGAUGUUGAUGUUUUCACAUUUGGAACUCCUUUAAAUGCAGUUUCCUUAAUUACCAUCCUGUUGCAUCUGUCAAUAGAGAUCCAAGCCUGGACUGUGGUUCACUGGAUCAUCAUGCUAGGCAGUGUUGCUGUAUCCUUGAUCCUGACGCUGUUAUACACUCUCUGUGUUACCUGCAACUCGUACUGGACGCUCCAGAACCAAUUGAGAGACCCCAUUUUCUACCUUAUCUGCAUCAUCACAACAGUGGUGGCCCUACUGCCCAGGUACAUGUUUCACGUGAUGAGGAACUCUAUCUCCCCCUCCCCGAUUGUGCAAGCCCGGCAUCUGGACAGCCUGGAUGCCUCCACAAAGGAAGCGUGGAUCAAAGAGUGGCGGGGCUUCAGGGGUGGAGAGGAGGUCAAACGCUCCGAGCUCUGCACUCCACCUUCUCCCACCACUUCUCGGACCCCAACUUCCCCUGAUUCCUUAGGGAAUGAAAUCACACUGAGGUCAUUUAAAAUAUAAAAAAAGACUGCACAAAUACUGUACUACAAUUAGAGGGAUAAUUUAUUAUGAACAUUAUUUUUUUUACACCUGGAAGUAGCUCACCAGUGGAAAUUCUUCUUCAUGGAGCACUUUCAGUAGGGAGUGAAAGGCUUCAGUCUCCUAUGACAUGAAAUGAAAUGAAAUGUGAUUCAACCUUCUUCUUUUACUCAUUUGGUGCCACAGUGAACAACAAUCAGCUAAAGUCCUAAUGGGAAUUCAGGGCACAUGGUAAAACAUGCCCAUUGUGGGGGGAACAUUUUUUUAUUUAACUCUGUAAAUGACACAUGAUUUCACUGCCUAUGUGAUGGAAUUAAUUGUCGUUGGUGUGUGCGUUUGUGUGUGUUUUCAACUCUUCAAAUGCACUGCAUAGUUAAUACAAGAAAGUAUUAUGGAAAUGCAAUGCUUUAACUUAAACCACUUGUAAAAAGGGCUUGACUUAUCAUAGGCAUACUUCAUUAUAUACUGUAGUAGCGCGAGCAGAGCAGUUACAUAACGUCCCAUAACCUGCGGUUUAAUCGAUGCUGCGCUCUAGUGUUGGACAAAUACUACUACACAAAGGUCAAAGGGACAGACGAGGAGACAUUAAAAUGGUCGAUUGCGCCUCACUACACUCGUCUGUACAAUACGAAGCAAUUCAUAAUUUAAAAACGUUCCUAGUCUCACGAUGAGAGUUGGAUUGGACCCGAGAGCAGACUGAGGGGGAGGGAGUAGAUUAAGAAUGGUUUAUUGCAGGUUGGCACAGGGUAAGGAUAUCUGAGGCAGGGUGGUGAACCGCCAGGACAAGGAGCGAGCAGGAAGCGGGAACGUGAGCAGGUGGAGCGGCUUGGCGGCGCGGCUGGAGCAGGCGGCGAGGAAGGCACGGGAGGAACACUGGAGAUGAACUCGUGAUGGGCAAAUGAUACCGAGGCCUUGGAGCUUCGAAACGCUGUGUAGAAGCUUGUAUCAAAAAUAAAUGUCACGUGACCCGUGACGUGCGAGCAUCGCUGUUUCGCUUCGCGCCCCAUUCCCUCAAAAUGUUUCGAAGCUUUUCAUUGGCUCAUAGUCUUUCAGUGUGUGUCAUUGGCUCAAUAGCCUGUCAUUUAUUCUUUGGGUUAAUCUGGAAUGUGUUUUAGAGUAUGGGGGAGAGCAUCUGUAUAUUUUAUUGUAAUUACGAUAUAGUCAUUAUUUGGUAUGAAUCAACAAAACACUUGAAUGGUCAUACGGACUUUUCUGAACUUUUAUUGUUGUCAUGGGAAACUGCCUGUGCUUCAGUCGUGCUCUUGAGAGGUUGCUAUGGCCUCAGUUGUCCACCAGAUGUCACCGUCACUGAAGCCUUGAAGCUUUGAAUCUUUUCCGGCACAAUUGUUACGAAAGCCUCAGUUUUUCAUGAGGUUUCACUUGGCCACCGCUAGGAAGAACACAAUCGGGUGAGUACAGUAGAGGGUCGUAGGAUAGUUACUGUCAUACCACAAAAAAACCUGGAAGUACGAGGGCGGGCCUGUGAGCCACAAAGUGCUAAUACUCAGGCGAAGGUUGUAGAGCUUUAAAUGUAGGUCGUAAUCAGCAAUCCACGACCACAUUACAAUGUAAUCAUUUUCAUUACUAUGUACUUUGGCUUUCAUGUAUUCCACCGGCUGGACUUUUGGCAGUUGCUUGAAAAUGGUCCCAGCCUGGCUGCCAUGUCAUAAGUGGAUAAACUUAGUGUGAGGGCAGUAAUAUGUACAUUUGAUAAAUCGGCUCAAUCAUAGAUGCCUUUUUUUAUUAUUAUUUCUAGAUAAGAAGGCAGCUCACAAAAGAUUAAUUUGGCUGUGGAAUUUCACUCUUAGUGGGUGUGCAGGCUUUCCGAACACCCAUAGACAGUAUUUGCAUACAAGCAAUUAAUAAGUCAAUUUUCCAUAUUACGUUCCCCUUUCAAGGAUUACAAUUGCCACUUGUCACCGAGUAGCUUCUUGUGCCAUGAAGCAACACAAAGGCCAUGAAACAUACGCUAUGGUCGUUGGACUCAUUUAUUUAAUGGUGACUAUGAUUUGGAGAAGGAGAUGCUGUUGUGUUGCACCUGUGUUAUUUUUAAUUGUCAGACUAUUUUUAAUUGUCAGACUAUGAGUAAGGAAAUUAUGGCCUGCAGAUUUCCCCUAAAAAUUGCUCAAUUAAAAUGUAUUUAUAAUGUGG